AUGGAUCACGAGGAGCUCCUUCGUAUUUUAGAAGGUGUCGAUGAUGGAAUCGAAAUUGAAUCUGCAUCUGACAGUGAAAUUGAAGAUGAAUUUGAGGCUGUACUAACUGAGAACCUCCCAGCAUCAAAUCCUCCAAAUGUUCAGGAUGAAAGUGAUGUAGUUGAGAACAUACCAGGACCACCUCCUAUUCAAUGGACAAGACAACCAUUUGGAAUAGAAACUCCUUUUUUUGAUGACUUUGGUAGUGUGAAAGCUGGAGGUAUGAGAAUUACUCAGCACAAGAGCCCUCAUAGCAAAGACAGCAGCAAGGAACCAGCCAACGAAGACCUGACUGGUCUCUCUGGGCCUUCACCCGUGCCUUCUAACCCAGUGUCCAUCUCUGGGGCCCCGAACAGAGGUAAUGCGGACUUCACUCCGGAAGCCGCACAAGUCGCUCAUAGUCCUAAGCCGCCUGCACAUGUCAAUCUUAAGCCCCAAACAAAUAUCCAACAGCCCAGGAAAUAG